ACCGCGCAGUGUGUGCUUUUUUCAUGAGAUGAACAAAUAACCAUAAUAAACUUGUAAAAAGUUGUAUUGGUGGAGUAAAGUUUAAUAUUUCACUGCGUGAUUUGUAUGUGAAUAAAAAAGAGCAAAGGUAUAGGCGAACCGAGCCACGGAGAUUUAGCACUUUUUUCUGGACUUCUGCUACUCUUCAGCCAGGAACCUCGGACACAGCGCUCUUCGCUUUCCUCUCUCAGACAAGAUGAAUCUAGACGAGUACUUUGAAAGGAUUUGCUUUAAAGGGCCGGUCCACAGAGCAGACUUGGAUACACUGAAUCGUGUGCACAUGAACCAUGUUCUGUCCAUUCCAUUUGAGAACCUCAGCAUUCACUGCAGCGAGUGGAUCACGAUGGACCUGGAUGUCAUCUACGACAAGAUUGUGAGGAAAGGGCGUGGGGGCUGGUGUUGUGAAAACAACCUGCUGUUCUCCUGGGUCCUGAAACAGUUGGGCUACACAUUUACCAUGCUGGGAUCCAGGGUCUUCAACAGCAGCAUUAACCAGUUCAGCAACACUGACACUCACCUAAUCAACAAGGUUGACAUUGAUGGUGUUUCCUACAUUGCUGAUGUCAGUUUUGGGGUAUCUGGGCAGAUAUGGCACCCCCUGGAACUGAUCUUGGGGAAAGAACAACCACAAGAACCUGGAGUCUUCCGCUUUGUGCAGGAGGAGGGAAUGUGGGUCUUGGAGAAAACCGGAAGGAAGCGCAUCUUACAAGAUGAGAGCUUUAAUAGUUCCGAUCUCCUGGGCAGCAAGAGCAAAACCAAAAAAUUCUAUAGUUUCACAUUGACUCCACGUGAUCUCAACUACUUUCUUGAAACCAGCAACAUUCUUCAGACCUCCUCUGAUUCUUUAUUCAAGAAUAAGUCCAUCUGCUCUCUGCAGACGCCCACUGGGUUCCGUGCUCUGGUUGGCUGGACCUACAGUGAGGUUAUCUACAACUUUGAGGAGGGGGCUGAUCUGGUGGACAUGAAAAACAUACCUGACCACGAAAUACAAAAAGUGCUGAAAGAUAAGUUCAACAUCUCUUUAGAGAACAAAUUUAUUCCUGUUAACAGCAAAGGUUGUUACACUCUUUAAAUGAUUACUGUCAUGUCUAGAAGACAUUAUUAGUUCUUUUUUGGGGUUUGGAACGUUUUCGUUUGUCGAUAAAGUUCGUUCAAAAUUGAGCACAUCACUUCCGGUUGUCAGACCAGGAAAAGCAAGGAAGCCACAUGGCCAG